AUGGCGUUUUCUGGCCAUACUUGUAUCACCUGUGCCGUGGCAUUCGCCAGCGGGGAGCUACAGCGAGCCCACUACAAGACAGAUUGGCACCGCUACAACCUAAAGCGCAAAGUGGCAGAGCUAGCGCCCGUUAGGGCCGAAAAUUUCAAACAGAAGGUCCUCAGUCAACGCGCUGCAGAUGCCAAGGCCAGAGAGCGCCACUCUCACUACUGCGAGGCGUGCAGGAAGGCGUUUGCGUCCGACAAAUCGUACGAGAGCCACCUCCGCUCAAAGAAACACAAGGAGAAGAAAGAGGUUAGGGCUCCGAGCGAGGUAGACGACGGUAUAGACGACGCUUCGGAGGGAACGACUGACGAAGCCAUUGACCAAACGUUGGACAACCUGAAAAACUUGAAGAUUGAACUCUCAGCUGUCCAUGUGGCAGAUGAUAAGGCACAAAUUGUGCAAGCGAACCCUCUAAACAACGCAGAAGAGAAAACCGAGACAACUAAAGAGGUCAAAAAAGAUUCAGUGGUAACAUUAAAACGACUGAGCCAAGAGAGUGAGUGUGUGUCAGAAGAUUCAGACGAGGGGCCGCAACCACUUGAGCUGGACGAGUGUCUGUUCUGCACGCACGUGAGUGAUGACAUGGAACGCAGCCUCAAACACAUGAGCUAUGCUCACGGAUUCUUCAUACCUGAUCUCGAGUAUCUGGUCGACCUGAAGGGACUCCUAGAGUACUUGUGCUACAAGGUCGGCGAAGAGAGAAGCUGCCUCUACUGCAACACGUCCCGUACUUUCUACUCCAUUGAGGCGGUACAACACCACACAGUGGACAAGAGCCACUGCAAGCUGUUCUUCGAGGGAGACAGCGCUCUCGAGUACGCAGAGUUCUACGAUUACACCAAGAGCUACUCAAAACCUGGGGAAGAAGAAGGGAAGGGUGUUGAGAGAGACGGCGACUUACCAGUUCCAGAUAACACUCUAGACGUGAACGAGGAUUUGGAGUUGGUUCUGCCGUCUGGGUCAAAGCUCUCGCACCGUGCAAUGAGACACUACUACAAGCAGAGGGUCCCAACGCUAGAGCAACGGACGUCGUCCGUGGUGACGAGACUCAUGGCGCAGUACCGUGCCAUCGGGUGGAAGGGAGCGGAGGGGGAGGUGGGAAAGAAGAGGGUUAUGGACGAGACAACAAGAAUUCGUAUGCAGCAGAGAAGACAGCUGAAGCUGGCUACAAAGGCUAACAAACAGCAACCCCAUUUCAGACCACAAGUUGUCUUCUGA